ACGUCCCAGUCACCAAACCUCAGAGCCACCUGGCUGUUGCAGUCCAGUCCUCAUCAUGCCCGUCAAGUUUGCCAUCAGCUCUGGCGCUCUGUCACUAGCGCUUUUGCUCUUUGGUCAUGGCAACCCGUGCCUCGCCGAGACAACACCCGACACUUCCUAUAUUUACUUUGACAACACUCAAUAUCUUGCCGCAUCCUCCAAUGUUGUGCCGAUGUCAUGGUCCACAUUGGAAGCCGCCUUUGCAAGCCCUAACCGCUCGGACAUUGCCAGUUUCACCGGCCUGGACUGGACAAAGCCGUACCCCGGAAGUCCUCUACCAGGCUUCACUGCCCAUUUGCGGAUAGCGGACGAGGUGCGCUUUCCGCCCGCUGUGACGGACGAGAAUGUCUCAACCAACGUGGCAGCUCUCAAUUUCGGCAUUCCAUCUUCCAUCAGGAAGGAAAAUGGCCUCCCUCGGAGCAUGCAUUCCUCGUGGUAUGUCUGUCAACACUAUUACAUCAGCACGCUACCUGACCCCACAUCGGAUAUUGCGCACGACUGUUCCUUUCUGCCCAGUCAAUGUCAGAAAGACCUGAUAGCCAGCUUGACUCAGAACUGGGGAGCAUUUAAGAGCAAUCCCGACAGCAAUACCAUGUGCAGCGGAUGGGCCCUUGACACCAUCACGGAAAGCUGCCAAAGCACGCUGGGAAGGGUUAAAGCAGAUAUACUGGGUUUCGAGGCGUCUGACCUCGGCGAUGAGGAUGCAGCCAGAAGUUUCGCAGUGGAUGAAGUUGGACGUUUAUCGUGGAUGGUUGGCACCAACUUCAACGACCCGGGCAAUCAGACAUCUUAUGCUGCUGCAUACAACAGGACCUACAUUGUUGCUACUGUGUUUGGGUACAACUCUGGAUAUACUGGUUCAGUCAAGCCGGUGGUAGAGCUUGCCUGUCUUCGAGGCCAAUGGGGGACGACCCAGGCCACUUCUUCUUCUUCUUCUUCCUCGACACCGCCGGACUCAUCUUCAGUCAUUUCAACGACCUCGUCUGCCUCCGCCAUCUCUGGGUCUAGUACAGCUGUAUCUUCAGCGACUCGGGCAUCAUCGUCGUCACUGAUCACUGACUUCCAGCAAAAUUACUACUUCCACUGCAUUGCCCUCCUCCAUUAUGCACUGCACAGCCACGGCCUCGACUCUGCUUGUAUCUGCACCCAUGUGCAGUCCGCGGCGGCGGCAGUCGCGGCACCAACCCAAUUGCUUUGCGAGACCUCUGAGGACAAACGCUAUGCCAGGGCACGCAAUGCCCGGCUUAUCAUGAGCAAUGAGGUCCCGGAUAUGCCGACGGAUGAUGUUAAACCCUACUGUUUCUGGCACCCCGACACGGCCAAAGAAGAGACAUACCGACUUUUGGCAACGCGCUAUCCCGACAUGGCGUAUUCUGUCGGUCGAGCAUGCGCUGUGGCAGGAUAUGAUGGAUUGUAUCAUGAGCUUGACAUCCUUCCCGAGAUCUCAAUCGCUGAAGAGGCUAGAGAAAGCUCGGCGGCAAACGCGGGAUCCAAGGCCAUCUACGAGCACAUCAUGAAACAACCAAUUUGCUACGCCGUUUUGAACGACUACACCAGGUUUGUCCACCACCAGAACCCGCGGUCACCGGCCUUUAUGAACGGAGAUACCGCCGUCCGAUCAACACUAGAUGUGACAGUCACCCCGAGGGAUGUUCCAGACUGGUGUGAUACCCGCCACUUUUUCGACAUCGCCGAGGAUUACCACGUUGCCGAGGUUACGACACACAAAUAUUUCUUCACAUCACAGGGAACACUGCCUCCAGAGCACGUCGAACUGCUCUAUUCCCCUCUCCCCUCGCAUCUGCCCACCAUCAUCAAAGAUCCGUUGAUUGUCAUGGCCGCUUAUGAAGGGAAUCUGGACCGCUAUGUUCGCUUGCGUCGGCCCUGUAUGGUCGAGCAAGAGCAUGGGGCCGUCCUUCGUGGCAUAUACCAUAACACUACAUUUGCCAAGUGGUGGUCACUCCAAGGGGAUAAGUGCGAUUUCGAUAUCCGAGCGGCCACUCUCGCACGCUUCAUUAUGGUCAAUGACUUGUCGCACAUCACCGAAACAGAUCCACAUCCAGAAGAUGACUCUGACGAGAUUCCCGGAAUGAUAUGGUGGCCCCUUAUUCCUGCCGAGAGAACACUGAAAGCCCUCGCCAAACGCCGUCCGGAUAUGCACCUUCAGGUAGCCAUGGCCUGCAUUGCCGGCAACUACAAGAAGUUGUGGGACGAGUUGGCACCAGAGCCGUGUUAUCAGCUGUAUAACCAAGCUUCGUUAAAACGCGAUCCUAGCGUUCGCAACCACUUUGUCGACUAUCUCGAGCGUCGAGCUUCCGAGCUUGGAUCGGACGUCAAAAGAUUUCGUGCGGUGUGCGAAAAUCUUGCUCACGACUGGUGCUUGAAUGCGACAAGACUCGACAAGGAGCCCACUAGCUGCUGGUUGCCCAGCGAAAUUAGCAUACCGGGUCCAAGCGGCUUUCCUGACACGGACAAUGUCUACGGAAGUCCCGACCAGACCAAUUUGGCCGGUGAGGACUCCAAUUGGGAACUCUAUAUCUGUUCGUCCGAGGAAGUGCGGGCCAAAAUACCGGCGUCGCGGUCUGAAAUUAGGUUGUAUGACAGUGAUGAUGAAUAGGGAUCGUCAAACAGGCCGGGUUCACUCGUCAGACAUUUCUGGGGCUAAAGUUGACUUUGCAGUGAGCGGAAAGAGAGUGAAUUUGUGCAAGGGGCAGAUGAUGAGGAUGUGGCUAUGGCAGAGUUGUGAGCACAAGUUCUUGGUGGUGGUGCGUGUGUUUGGGAGAAUUUUACAUGCUAGGGGUACAUACAUGUACCUAGAAGUAGUAAUAUGAACGUAAAGACACUAAGAAGACCGAUUAACCACCG